GCGCUUGGUUUGAGAAGUCUCACCCCCGGAACACUGCAGGAAUCUGUUUCUGUUGUUCUGAGUCACCAGCUAAUGGCACUUUGUAACCGCAGCCUUAGGAAACAAAUAGAAGUGGACUUUCUUCACCCAGGGAGGUUAGCUGCAGGGAGGAAGAGGACUGUUCACGGGAGAGGCAACGCCUGAAUGCAGGGGUCGCUCUGGUGGCGCUGUCCUUCAGCGGGGCGAUCGGGCUGACGUUUCUCAUGCUGGGAUGUGCCUUGGAGGAUUAUGGCGUGUACUGGCCCCUGUUCGUGCUGCUCUUCCACGCCAUCUCGCCCCUGCCCCAUUUCAUCGCCAAGAGGGUCACCUACGACUCGGAUGCCGCCAGCAGUGCCUGCCGGGAGCUGGCCUAUUUCUUCACGACCGGGAUUGUCGUUUCGGCCUUCGGGUUUCCCGUCAUUCUUGCCCGUGUGGCUGUGAUCAAGUGGGGAGCCUGCGGCCUGGUGCUGGCGGGCAACGCUGUCAUUUUCCUGACAAUUCAAGGCUUUUUCCUCGUCUUUGGAAGAGGAGAUGAUUUUAGCUGGGAGCAGUGGUAGCACUUGGCGCUGCUGGAGAGCGUGGGUUCUUCGACUUUGUACUCUGUAUGUGCGCGCGGCGUUUCCUAUGGCGUUUGUAUGCUGAGAUUUAUACUUUUCUAUCAUGAUCACUUAAGGAGGACUUCAUAAGGAAGAGGUUAGUUUUCCUUCCAGCAGGUAGAAGUUGGGUUAUAGCAUUUGUUUGGCUGUUCACGUGGCCAUGAUGUGCUCAGAAAGUGCGUUGGCACAGCGCGUGUGGACUGCAGCUCAGCCGGGCAGGGCUUCCGGGACGGAGAGAGAGUCAGCUUCCUGCGUGUCCUAGGCCCGCCCUUCUCCACACGGGGUCCACAGGUCAAGGGCGGCAGCAGUACCUGGGCCUUAUUGGAAACGCAGACCCGAAGCCCCACCCCGGCCCAGUGUGUUUUUCUGAGCUCCGUGCGACUCAUGCACACGGUCAUGAAGCUUUGCCGUGGAGGAGUAAGCAUGUACCCGACUUCCCCGUCCUCCUUGGUUCAGCCGCUGACCUGCUCCUGUGUAAGAAAAUCAUCCCCUGCCGCCCCGCCCCGCCUGAGCUCAGCUUCCCUGUGGAGCCUGUGACACGCGCUGCUGUCAGAUCUGCGGCAACUGUCCUCAGCAGCGAGCAGGUGUGCCCUCCCCACCCGAAAAGUGGUGGAUGUUGUCACAGUGCUGGGCCCAGAGUGACCCUGGAGCCCUGCUCGGGUGCAGGGGAGGGAGGCGGGGCUGGGCAGAGUGGGGGUAUCCUUUGUCAUUCCCCUGUAUCAGCACCCCAGCCAGCUUUGCCCUCAGCAGGGCCUGACUGAUUCGCCCUUUCCUCUUGAUGGUGCCGAGUUCUGCAUCCUAGGGAGCCAGUGGAGGCGGGUCACUUAGAGUCAUCGGUGUUUCAUGUACUUCUUAGCCUUCACGGGAAACUUUAAGCCACUCGUACAGGAAGCAUUAACAAUGCACUGUCGUGUUGGACCCUGUAAUCAUGGCUUUCGUAGCUCAUCUUUCUAUCCAAGACCUGUUGAGAAAAGGAAAUACAAGAAAUGGAGCCACUUGAUCUGAUUACAGCCGGUGGUUUGAGAACAUGGGUGUGUGGCUACCCUGUGUGUGAGGAACACUUCCGCCUUGAGGUUUGAGCCCCGAGGGCCAGCGUUCCCUCCCGGCCUCAGGGCGGAAGAGCAGCGGUCCCUCGUCCCUGGGAGGAGAAUGUGCAGUGCUGGUUUGGACCCUGUGUGUGAUCUUUGUUUUCAGUGUUCUGUUUACAUAUAGAGUUGUUCAAGUUGUUAUUCCCAAUAUUUACAUUAGAAAAAUUACUUAGAUACUUUAUAAUUUUAACCAGCAUUUUUAAUCAUGACACUUGACACUUAUUGUAUUGCAAUAAAUUUCACUUUUAACACAAAAGACAAGUUUGCUUUAAAAAGUCUUUAUUCUGUUCUUGCCUUACUUAAAAGAUAAUGAAAAGGUGAGAAUUUCUUGAUGUUGUAAGAUGGGCAGUUUUGAGCAAUAAUCUGGCCUGCCUUAGAACAUAGCAGUGACUUUGGGGACACGAGUUUUGAACGUCUGUGAUAGCUUUUCUUUCUCUCAGAUGGCUUCUCCCUUUUGCAAGAGUAUGUUGUUUCUACAGAUUUCAAAUAACCCGAUGGCCUUCAUAUGUGGGCCUAGAGCAUUAUGUCUUGACUGCAUUUUUCAGAAUGAUAUAAAAUAUUUGCAUAAAGAA